UUAAUUAGACUAAGAUGUAAUUAAUCAAUUGAAACCAAAAUUCAGGAUCUGUGUACUUUGCUUCCUUCUUCAUCUUCAUCUUCAUCUUCCUCAGCAUUGAAUUCAUGAUGCAGAUUUGAAUAAAGUCACUGAAAAACGAAGCAGAAACAACUGCGUUCGCAACAAUGGCGGAUCCGAAGAAUGAAGGUUUCCUCACCUACGCUUAUCUUCUUCUCUACAUUGCUCUCUCCAGCGGUCAAAUCUUCUUCAACAAAUGGGUUUUGUCGUCUAAGGAAAUUAACUUUCCUUAUCCUUUGGCGUUGACUCUACUUCACAUGGUCUUCUCAUCUGUUGUGUGUUUUGUAUUAACCAAAGUUCUAAAGGUUUUGAAGGUUGAAGAGGGAAUGACUCCUGAAAUAUAUGCUAGUUCAGUUGUGCCGAUUGGGGCCAUGUUUGCAAUGACUCUUUGGCUUGGAAAUACUGCCUACCUGUAUAUUUCCGUUGCAUUUGCACAAAUGCUGAAGGCAAUUAUGCCUGUGGCUGUUUUUGUGCUUGGAGUAGCUGUAGGACUCGAGGUGAUGAGCUGCAAAAUGCUUUUGAUCAUGUCAUUGAUUAGUUUUGGUGUUCUAGUAGCUUCAUAUGGUGAGAUAAAUAUAAACUGGGUCGGAGUAGUUUACCAAAUGGGAGGUGUUGUUGGUGAAGCGCUAAGACUUAUCUUCAUGGAAAUUUUUGUUAAGAGGAAAGGUCUUAAGUUGAAUCCUAUAUCUGUGAUGUACUAUGUUAGUCCCUGCAGUGCACUCUGCUUAUUCCUUCCGUGGAUAUUUUUAGAGAGAUCAAAGAUGGACGACCAUGGAACAUGGAACUUCCCACCUGUUUUGCUUAUCCUCAAUUGCCUUUGUACAUUUGCUUUAAACUUGUCGGUUUUCCUUGUGAUUACACAUACAAGUGCUUUAACCAUUCGUGUUGCUGGAGUUGUUAAGGAUUGGGUGGUUGUUUUACUGUCUGCUGCUCUGUUUGCUGACACAAAGUUAACAACCAUCAAUUUGUUUGGCUAUGGAAUUGCCAUUGCAGGUGUAGCAGCAUAUAAUAAUUUCAAGUUGAAAAAGGAAGCUUCUCGAGACCCGUUAGAUGCUCCCGCGGCUGCUGAACCUACCCAAAGGCAGGAGUCUCGGCCUUUAAUAAGUAGAUAGUAGCAGUCUGAAUUACUCAAUUUGUUCAUGUCCUAUGGGAAUAUACAGUAGAUAGCAACACGGUUCUCAGAUAGUGUAACAAGAAGGCAUCAAAUGUAGUGGAUACAUAUAUAAACAACCGUUAUCGAGUUUCUACAUUCUUAUAAACCAUUUCAGUCGAGGAAAGUAAUGUGCUGAAUCAAGUGUAAUAUGUGUAGAUGUAAUACACAGACUUUAUCCUUCAAAUACAGGUGUGAGCCAUACAUUUGAAUUUUGAGGACUCCAAAGUUAUCCACAUUGAUAUUUUUUUGAAGCUUUUGCUACCAGUUUCAAUCUUAGUGAUUCAUUAUUUCAAUUCGAUGAUCAAGAUUAUGAGUCCGGCCGGGCAUGUAUACCAUUUAUUAUGAUUGGACCUUGGGCUAGUAGCCAGGGGUAUAUACUGCAUUCAGGCACAGAUGAAAUCUUUGUAAGAUUAUUUUGUUCUUUUUAAUGUAUUUUGAUAGUGUUUGGUUCAGUGUUGGGAAUCUUUGCUCCUGUCAAAAAAAGUUAGAACCGAAUGUUUCAUCCUAUUCCUAUUCUACAUGUAGUAAGAUCUUUGGUUACUUGUUUUUGGAUCAAGAAUGUGGUCUUCAGAAUGUAUUUUAAGGCAUUUUUUGUUGAUUACAUUAUGAACAACAAACAAUUUGGCUAACUGAUCCAACUAGCAUGGGGUAUAGUUAGGGCUGUUAUCGGUCCGGUUCGGUCCGGAUAAAUGAUAUCCCGCUUCAUGGACCGAAAACUUAUCCGGGUAAACCGGGACCGGUCCAGCACAGUGAUGGUUAAAUUUUUGGACCGAAACCGAUCCAACAAUUUCGGGUAACCGAAGACCGAACCGAAUUAGAUCUUUUUUAAUAAAAUAACCGAAACCGGACCGUUGUUGUUGAUCGGGUAACCGGACCACCCGAUACACAAAAAAAAAUUAAUGAAAUUUCAUGUUUAUUUA